AGGCGCAAGGCUGGGGGGCUUUAAGAGGCCGCGGGCUCGGCCCUGCCAGCACCGCCACUGUCCCUGUCCUCGGCCCUGUCCCCCGCCAUGGCUCUGGCACUGCCGCUGCUCCUCGCCCUGCUCGGGGCCAGCCCAGGGGGGGGCUGUGGGGUGCCCCCCUCUGCCUGGUGCCAGGACUGGGUGACGGCGCUGCGCUGUGGGGCCCUGGGGCGCUGCCCCCACCUCGCCCAGGGACAUCCCGACAUGGACGUCUGUGCCAUGUGCCAGCAGCUCUUCGGCUUCCUCCACCAGGCCUCCAACCACUCAGCCACGGAGAAGCCCUGGCAGGUCUGUGCCACGCUGAAGCUGUGUCGCGGAGAGCCCGGGGCCGCCCCGGCCGCGCCCAUCCUUGAGGCGCCCGGCGCCCACCUGCAGGUACGGGGACACGCGGGGGGGUGGCGGUGGCCCCGCGGGCAUCGGCACGGCCCCCACGGUUGCCUGGCCCAGCGCUACGCGGCGCUGGCGCUCGAGGGGCUGCUGGGCCGCCUGGGCCCCCGCCUGCUCUGCCGCCUGCUGCUCGCCUGUCGCAGCGAGGACACCGAGGCCCUGGCGACGCUGCCACCGCCCUGGGUGCUGGAGGCCGUGGUGGACCCCAAAGGUGUCGGUGUCCCUGCGCUGUCUCUCCCCCUCGGCCCCUGUGCCCUGGGUCCCACCUUCUGGUGCUCGGGCCCCGAGGCCGCCCGGCGCUGCCAGGCCCUGCAGCACUGCCAGGAGCACAUCUGGCUGUAG